AUGGACCAAAUAACAGAGGACAGCAGAACAGAGGGCAGCAGAACAGAGGACAGUGGACCCGAGGACAGCAGCAAAACAGAGGACAGCAGAACAGAGGACAGUGGACCCGAGGACAGCAGAACAGAGGACAGUGGACCCGAGGACAGCAGAACAGAGGACAGUGGACCCGAGGACAGCAGCAAAACAGAGGACAGCAGAACAGCAAACAAAAGACAGCAGAACAGCAGCACAACAAAAGACAGUGGAACAGAGGACAGCAGAACAAAGGAUAGCAGAGCAGCAGCAGAACAGAGGACAGCAGAACAACAGCAGAACAAAGGACAGUGGAACAAAGGACAGCAGAACAGCAGCAGAACAAAGGACAGCGAAACAGAGAACAGCGGAACAAAGGAUAGCAGAGCAGCAGCAGAACAGAGGACAGCAGAACAACAGCAGAACAAAGGACAGUGGAACAAAGGACAGCAGAACAGCAGCAGAACAGAGGACAGCGAAACAGAGGACAGCGGAACAAAGGACAGCAGGACAGCAGCAGAACAAAAGACAGUGGAACAGAGGACAGGAGAACAAAGGACAGCAGAACAAAGGACAGCAGAGCAGCAGCACAACAAAAGACAGCGGAACAGAGGACAGCAGAACAGCAGCACAACAAAAGACAGUGGAACAGAGGACAGCAGAGCAAAGAACAGAGGACAGCAGAACAAAAAACAGAGGACAGUGGAACAGCAGCAGAACAAGGAACAGAGGACAGUGGAACCGAGGACAGCAGCAAAACAAAGGACAGCAGAACAGAGGGCAGCGGAACAGAGGACAGCAAAACAAAGGAGAGCAGAACAGCAGCGGAACAAAGGACAGGGGCACAGAGGACAGCAGAAACGAGGACAGCAGAGCAGCAGCAGAACAAAAGACAGCGGAACAGAGGACAGCAGAGCAGCAGCACAACAAAAGACAGCGGAACAGAGGACAGCAGAACAGCAGCACAACAAAAGACAGUGGAACAGAGGACAGCAGAGCAAAGAACAGAGGACAGCAGAACAAAAAACAGAGGACAGUGGAACAGCAGCAGAACAAGGAACAGAGGACAGUGGAACCGAGGACAGCAGCAAAACAAAGGACAGCAGAACAGAGGACAGCGGAACAGAGGACAGCAAAACAAAGGAGAGCAGAACAGCAGCGGAACAAAGGACAGGGGCACAGAGGACAGCAGAAACGAGGACAGCAGAGCAGCAGCAGAACAGAGGACAGCGAAACAGAGGACAGCGGAACAAAGGACAGCAGGACAGCAGCAGAACAAAGGACAGCAGAACAGCAGCAGAACAAAAGACAGUGGAACAGAGGACAGGAGAACAAAGGACAGCAGAACAAAGGACAGCAGGACAGCAGCAGAACAAAAGACAGUGGAACAGAGGACAGGAGAACAAAGGACAGCAGAACAAAGGAGAGCAGAGCAGCAGCAGAACAAAGGACAGCAGAACAGCAGCAGAACAAAAGACAGUGGAACAGAGGACAGGAGAACAAAGGACAGCAGAACAAAGGACAGCAGGACAGCAGCAGAACAAAGGACAGCAGAACAGCAGCAGAACAAAAGACAGUGGAACAAAGGACAGCAGAACAAAGGACAGCAGAACAGCAGCACAACAAAAGACAGCGGAACAGAGGACAGCAGAACAAAGAACAGCAGAACAAAGGAGAGCAGAGCAGCAGCAGAACAAAGGACAGCAGAACAGCAGCACAACAAAAGACAGUGGAACAGAGGACAGGAGAACAAAGGACAGCAGAACAAAGGACAGCAGGACAGCAGCAGAACAAAGGACAGCAGAACAGCAGCAGAACAAAAGACAGUGGAACAAAGGACAGCAGAACAAAGGACAGCAGAACAGCAGCACAACAAAAGACAGCGGAACAGAGGACAGCAGAACAAAGAACAGCAGAACAAAGGAGAGCAGAGCAGCAGCAGAACAAAGGACAGCAGAACAGCAGCACAACAAAAGACAGUGGAACAGAGGACAACAGAACAAAGAACAGCAGAGCAGCAGCAGAACAGAGGACAGCAGCAGAACAAAGGACAGUGGAACAAAGGACACCAGAACAAAGGCCAGCGGAACAAAGGAGAUCAGAACAAAGGAGAUCAGGCAACAUAAUUUAUGUCCAUCUUCCAGCAGCUCACAGUCAAAGUUAAUAAGAUAA